CCGAGAAACGGCUGAAAAAGGCGCCGAUGGGGGAAUCGAACCCCGGCUACGUCGUUAGAUCCGCGUAGGCAGUACCACUGCACCACGGCGCAAUACGUUGAAAUCCUUUGAAAGAUUUUGUCGCUUUACGUGAGCCGCUUCUCGCCUCACACCCCUUUGCAGCUUUCGCUACGUCCUCGUAGUGAGACUAAGCGAUCCUUUAAGCGGCGGCUCCGGCUCACCGCAUCCUCUAUUCAUUUAAUCUUUUUAUUCGUUUUUGCUCUGUUCCUCCCGUUCGAGGUUAGCACACCAGUCUCAUACCAUAGGUCCGUGAUCGAACCGUGAUCUGCUACCAUCUAAGCAGGGCGCAAGCCGAGGGAAACCGAGAAACGGCUGAAAAAGGCGCCGAUGGGGGAAUCGAACCCCGGCUACGUCGUUAGAUCCGCGUAGGCAGUACCACUGCACCACGGCGCAAUACGUUGAAAUCCUUUGAAAGAUUUUGUCGCUUUACGUGAGCCGCUUCUCGCCUCACUCCUGUAUUGAGAUCUGCCUUGGGAUAACCGAUAUUACGUUUGUGGAUCUAGAGUGCAUACUUUGAUAGCAGAGUUUGAUUCUCUGUCGAAGAAGAAACCUUAGAGAAAUGAGCAGCCAGUUGUUGGUGGGGGGAGACGACGUCAACGCCAUCGUUGUGGACUAUGGCAGUUCUUCUUUUCGCUACGGGCAUGCCGGAGAAGAAGCGCCUACCCUUGUUUUGCCGAUGAGCAUUGGAUACGUCGAGGAAAUUAUUAAAGUCGUCGAGCGCAAUGAGAACGAUGACGUAGUGAUGACUGAGAACCUGCGGGACGGAGCAACAACAGCGGGCAACGGCACCAGCAGUCUCAGCGCGGCCACCACCGACGCUAGCAAUGCCAACGGGAAUGCUGUUAACGGCGAGAUGAAGAAGGAGAAGCGGUACAUUGUUAGCUCGCAGGCGCUGAUGAAUCCCCGCGAAGGCCUCGAGAUUGAAAGCGGCGUCAUACUGGACGGCAUGAUUGACAACUGGGACGCUUUCUAUUCCAUUAUGGAGUUUGCUCUAAAUAAGCAUCGUCCUGUCACUUCAUCGCAACAUCCUUUCCUCUUUUCCGAGCCAUUGUGGAUUACGAAAAAUAAGCGCGAGCAGCUGUGCGAGUUGAUGUUCGAAAAGUUCAAAGCAUCGGCGUUCUACACCGUGAAAUCGCCUGUCCUGACCUGUUUUGCCCACGGAAAAUCCAGUGGUCUGGUGCUGGAUAGCGGCAAGAUCCACACAACCGCCUGUGCGGUGCAUGAAGGGUUCUGUUUGGUGCCGACGAUGGUGCGUAGCCCUUUGGCGGGUGACUUCAUCAGCAACGAAUGCCGACGCGAGCUGGAGCGCAUGAAGAUCGACCUGACUCCACAGUACAUGAUCAAGAGCAAGGAUAACGUAGAACUGGAGCAGCCGCCCAAAUAUCUUAAGAAGAUCGCUCUUCCCAAAGCAUCUACCGCGUUUCACGAGAGCAAAGUGCGCGAACUGGUGGAGGACUUCAAGCAGAUCUUGGCCGUAUCCGAUGCGCCGCUGCACGACGUCAAUCCCGACGGUCUGGAGGCCCGAGAGUACGAAUUUCCCACAGGCUAUCAUGCCAUGUUUGGGCCCGAGCGCUUCCAGGUACCGGAAAUGCUCUUCGAUCCGAGCCUGAUUCGCUCAGGCAGCAGCGCGGGAACGGCCCUCUCGGGAAUGCAGAUGCAACCGCCGAGCAUCAACAGCACCAUGGGAAUGAGCAACCUCAUCCAGAACUGCCUGACCAUCACCGACCAGGACGUCCGUCCACAGCUGUGGGGCAACAUCCUCAUUUCGGGUGGCAACAGCUGCAUCACUGGCUUUGCUGAGCGCAUCUCCGCCGACUGCACACGUCGCAGCACCACCUCCAUGAAGCUGAAGUGCACGGCCGCCACUGGCAGCGGUCCGGAACGCUCCAGUGAACGUCUUUUUGCUCCAUGGACGGGCGCCUCCAUUCUCGGCUCACUGGGCACCUUCCAGAGCAUGUGGAUUUCGCGUAGCGACUACGAAGAGGCCGGCAAGGGAAUCGUGGGCAAGAAGUGUCCCUGAUCGACGUAUAACAUAAUCUCAUGUUUUGUAUGGCAGUAUGUUUUCGUUCGCCUGCUGCUGCGGCUGCUCUCUCAUUCCUGCAUUGUUGUUUUGUUUUAUUUGAACAAGUUUUCGGUUCCUUGUUACACUUUUGGGUGCAAUGUACACUACAGUUUGAUUACUCGCUGCAGUUUUAAACGAUUUGUUGCUGAGCAGUUGUAAGCAGGAUUUCACUAGAUCAGAAAUGAUGCGGUGCAUUGAGUAAUAACAAUAAUUAUUUAAUAGCCCUAG